AUAGAAGAGAUUUAAGAAAAAACAUAACAAUAAGUCGAGAAAAGUAUAAAAAAUAUAGAAUAAAGUAAAGAUAUACUUAAUUUAGAUAUUUAUUUGGCUUCUCCUAUUAUAGUUUUACCUUACAAAAACCAAUAAUAAGAUUGUUUGAUUUUUUCUUUAGGAGAUUUAAGUAUUAAAAGUUUUCAUUAAGAAGAAAAUAUAUAAGUUGAAAUAUAUUAAUUGUAAUUAAAAGAUAUCAGUUGUAAAUACUUAAAUUCAUUAAAUUAAUUAGAUUAGUUUUUAUGUAUAAAAAAAUAAAGUAAUAAUGAUGAAUUAUUUUAUUAUAGUCUAAUUUAAGAUUUUGAAAUAAACAUUAAUUUUAAAAUUAGAAAAUAUGAAGAAAACUAAUAAUUUAAUUAAAACAAUAUCGAAAAAGCAAAAAUCUUAAUUGUUGGAUAAUUUUCAAGUAUAUGCUUGAAUCUAAAUUCUUUUAUGUAUAAAAAAGUUUUAGAAAUUUAAUAAACUUUUUAAAAUGAAUAAUCAAAUAAUUUUAAUUAAAAAAAAGUUACUAUUGAAGUAAUUUAACUUGAAAAAAAAACUUUACUUAAAAAAGCUAUUAAGCUAGGUAUUUUGUUUAAACGAGGAAAACAUAUCAAAAAAUGGGAAAAAUUUUACGGUGUUUUAACAAAAGAUUAUAUAUACUUUUUUGAAAAAUAAAAUGAUUAUAAGCCUUGUAGUUAUAUAGGAAUAAAAAAUUGCUAAAUUUCUUAAAUUUCAGAAGAAGAAAGUGGCUUUAAAAAUGCUUUUGUAAUUAAUAGUAGGUAUGAUUAGUUUUAUUUAGCAUGUGAAAAAAUAGAAAACACAAAAAAGUGGAUAAAAACAAUAUAAAAAAUAUACGAAUAAUAAAAUUAAGAAAAUUAGUAAAUAGAACAAUUCUAAUAAAAUAUUUAAAGUGAAUAAUAGACAUAGGAGAAACAAUAAAUAAAUUUAAAUGAAGUAUUAUGUUAUUUAGAAUUUUCAAUAUAUGAUUUGAAAUUUGUUUUAGAAAGCGAAUCAAAGUGUAAAAUACUAUAACUAGAAAUUCAGCAAUUU